UGGGUCCGGCGACAAAGCUUCCGGCGAAGAACUACUGCACUCAAUCUAUUGGCGAAGAACCUCCCAGGUCACCACUCACCAUAGAUGAAUACCAGCGAGGAAUUCUUAUCUCCAAUAUCAUUUGCUUUUUGGGGGUUUUUUUAUUAGUUGAUUUCAAAAUUUAUCUGAGUGGAGAAACCAUGGCCGGAAACAUGCCAAAAUCUGGAACCUUGGCGAUCCAUCUUUUCAGGAAGGUCCGAGCCGUCCAAUACGGGUCGCCCCGCCUCUUGCACCACGGGCCAGACACUGUGGAGGAGCUUCUCGAUAGGCACAUCGUCAAGGAGAAGAAGAGUCUCACCCACGACGAUAAUGAAAUCCUGACCCGCCAGCGGCUCACCAGCACUCGCCGCGAGGUGCUUAGUCUCUACAGGGACAUCAUCCGGGCUACCCGAUUCUUCAUGUGGCCCGACUCUCGAGGCGUUCUUUGGCGUGAUAUUCUUAGGGAGAACACCCGGAAGGAAUUCGAGGAGGCCCGAUUCGAAAAGGACCCGGAAGUUAUCACGCGUUUGCUGAUUGGGGGUCGUGACGCCCUGCAAUCUGCGCUUGAUAAGCUUGUUGAGAAACAGAAGCAAGAGAUCGAGAAGCAACAAGGCAAUUUAAAAUCUUCUCCAAUUUUUUGUUUUCACUGAAUGAUGGUUUUCCACAACUUUUGAUGGUGGUUAAGUCCUUGAAUAAAAGAAUGGAAUCUCAAAACAAGCAUGCUAUUUUAGGUUAUGACUCUCAUUGGAUUCCGACAGCAGGUAACUCGGGAGAGUCAAGUUUAAUUUAUUGAUCUCCAGAACAGAUUUAUUAAGAGGAUACGGGGAAUGUGAGGGGAUGAAUGAGAGAGGUUGAUGAAAUAAUGACGGCUUCAAGCCUUCUAAGCGCGCAAAAGCUUUUUGUAGGGCCAUCAAGUAUUUAACCAUUUGAGUAUUGCGCUUUGUGUUUAAUGGAAUUAUGGAACGUAUGCAUUGUAAUGUCACUAUUUCCAUGUCUGGGAAUUUUAAACAGCAAUUUAAAAGAAAUGUUGAAAUCGAUA